AACACUUCUAACCGCAACUUCCUUGUUUUCUUUCUGGUGAAUCCUCGUGAGGAGAUCCUUCCCCAUCUUGACAACGUGUUUGUGGGUGACUUCCUGCACAGCGACAAUGAAACUACUAACGUACAAUUUUCUUACAUCGAAAUUCAUUCGAGGCGUCAAAGUUGGUUAUCCGCUAAAGUUGAAUGUUGUUCAGAAGGAGAUAAAGAGUGCCGACUACAAUCAGGAGUUUAUCACACGAAUGAUACCACGAUUAGACUGGGCGGGAGUUUGUUUUGCCGCUGAACAGGUAGGCUGUGGCGGAGACAUUCCAAAGGAGUUUAGUGAUCAGAUAACAGGAGAUGCCGAAGUAAUGCAGCGACUGCACCAUAUCCUCUUAGAAAUUGACAUAAUCGAAGGGAAUCUACAAUGCCCGGAAACAGGGAGGAUAUUUCCCAUUUCCAAUGGCAUCCCAAAUAUGUUGCUCAAUGAGGAAGAAGUUUAAUUUUAAUAUUACCCCACUCUAAUAUAUUUCUGUUCCAAAAUCUUUUUGUUGUCUUAAUGCAAAAAUAAAAAUUCCCAAA